AUGACCGAAGAUAGAAAGAAGCAUAGGCCAAAAGUUGUGGAUAACAAUAGGGAAAAAAUGAAGAGAAAGAAGAGUUGUAAUGAUCCUCCCUCCAUUGGUCCCUCCUCGAAGAAGAAAGAUAAUCAUCCUCCCUCCACUAAUCCAGUUGAUCCCACUGUUGAUCCCUCCUUCAAUACAUUAAGUUCAUCCAACCCUAUAUCCAAUCUAACAAGUUUAUCCAACCUCAAUCCAGCAAGGUCAUCCAACCCCAUAUGCAAUAAAGACAUAUCUUUCUUCAAUAAAAUUUGCAAACACCGGUAUGAUAAUUGCUUUUAUAAUAAGCCUUUGUUAUUGGAGAGGGGUGUUUUAUUGGAUCAAUUAAAAGAUGUAGGAUGUGAUGUUAUUUUUGCUCAUCAUCAAUGGAAUUCUGCAGUUGAUAUCAAAAAGACGGAUAAAACAUAUAAUACAUUGGUGAAAAUUUUUUAUUCUAACAUGCAUGAUAUUGAUAAAGGUGAUCAUAAGUUUAAGUCCCUUGUGAGGAAUGUGAAAGAUGUUUAUGCAGAAAUUGAGGGUAUGCCUAUUAAUUUUAGUGAGAGUAUUGACAAGUCUGUAUUUUUUCAGCAAGACCUUACUCCCAAAUAUAGGAUGUUAAACCUUAUAAUGGGGUACAAUAUUAGUCCAAGAGGACAUACUGCUGAUUUUGGACUUGAUCGAGCUCAUCUCUUCUAUGCCAUUGGAAAUGGUAUAUGUAUAGAUCUACCUUGUUUAAUAGUUGAUGAAAUUAUUUCAAUACAAGGUACAAAGGAUAGGUGGCGAUGUCUCUCAUUCCCAAUUUUGAUUUCAAAGAUUAUGGAGGAUUGUGGAGUUGUGAUUCACUCAAGCGACUCUUAUUCCACUCCCAUGAAUCCAAUUUAUGGUGGGACAAUAAAAAAGAGUUUAGGGCAAGAGAAAAAUAAGAAAACUCAACAGCCACAAGUUGAAAUCCAGAAUGAAGUUGCAACUGAGGAUAAUAUUGCAGCCCAGGAUGUCCCACAUUCUUCCACGGGUGGUCUUCCUUCGUCGGAUGAUCCUCCAUUGUCUAUAUUUGAGCAUUUGCUGGUACAAAUGGGCAGAAAGAUAGAAGAAUUUGAAAAUACUCAAAAUGAAAUAAAGGAGUCUCUGAAGGUGAUUAAUAGUAGGUUGGAUAGAAUUGAUAACAGAUGGGAUAGAAUUGAGUCUUUUUUUAUGAAAAGCAAAAAAAUAGUUAGGAAGUGA